UUUAUAUCAAAACUGUUACCAAGACAGAAUAUAACUAAUGUCACAAAAACUUUUUCAAAAAGAAGGUCUUUAUUAAAUCAAAAUAAAUAUAAAAUACAGUAUCCUGUACUAACCAAACCUUCACAAUCAUUUUUUAUUCAUUCAACUAAAUAUUCAUUUAAAGAUAAAAAAACUCUAUCUCUUUCUGAUUCUUCUAAAAUUCAAUCAGCUCAAACUUCAUCCUCUGAUACUUCUUCCACAACAUCACAACAUGAUCCAAACACGCGUCUUAUGAUAGCAUUUACGUGUAAGGUAUGCUCAUUACGUUCCACAAAAACGAUGUCAAAACAUGCUUAUAAUCACGGAGUAGUCAUCAUUCAAUGUUCUUCAUGUAAUAAUCACCAUUUAAUAGCGGAUCAUUUAGGUUGGUUUAGAGAUGGUAGAGUUACGAUAGAAGAUUUAAUGUAUGAACAAGGCGAGAAAGUAAUGAAAUUUGUUGUAAAUACUAAACCAGAUGUAUUGGAAUGGUGUCCUGAUAAUAUUGAAAAAGAAAAAAAAAAAUUAAAAGAAUUAAAGAAAUCAAGAAAUAGAAAAGAACUUAGUUUAGGUUUAAACAAAGUAGAAUCUGACAGUAAAGAAAGGAACAAUUAAAAUUAAAAGCAAAUAUAAUCUUAUUAUUAGCAAUGAAAU